AUACCUAAAGUAAAAUAUUUCGAGAGUUUGAGUUAAGUAAGAAAAUUAAAGGAGCAAUGGAAGGAACAAUUGGUGCAACAAAAAGGGUAUUGGUGGGGACGAUGCUUUUGCUUGCUGUUGUUGUUGUGCAAGCACAAGAAGUCUCUCCUUCCUAUCCCACUCUUCCAAAGCCAGAAAACUUUCUUAGUUGCGCUAAGAAAUGUGUUCCCGCAUGCUCGUUGAAGAUAAUAGAAGGCCCUAUACAGUACUCCAUUUGCCUCGCCCAGUGCUUGUUACAAUGCAAACACUCUCAUGAUCAGAAUGAAGUUGUCUAUGAUUGUACUGAAAAGUGUGCUAUAUCCAAGGCGACCAUCUUUAAGCCUGAAUCGUACGAAAAGGUGGAAAGUUAUGUGGACUCCUGUUAUGAGGGCUGCUGGAACAAAAAUACCGUUGGACGUGGACUUUAAGGUUUCCUCCUGUAGUAUUUACAACGACCUAGUUCAAACGUUAAUCAUAUAAUAAUAAAUUAAUAUAUCAAUCGGCAUGACCGAGUGGUAUCUUAAGAUUAAUUAUGUGCAUUUUAAUUUAUGCCUGAUGGAGUGAAGUACGUAUGAGUACUGUAGUCAUUCUAUCCAAAAUGAAUUGUCAUUAUUAUAUA